GUUGCCGAAGAAAGCAAGCCUUAACACCUCCUACCCGGUUCAGCCUUCCCGCGCCCUUCCUAAAGGCAUUCACCUCAACCCACGCUAGUACAUUCUAGUCCUCAAAACAAGAGCAGGUACUAACAAGCCGGAAGGCAUGGACAGCAGCGGAUGCCGCGCAGAAGACAGAAGCUGGCGGGUGAAAGAUUUCUCCCCCGGGCCCCAUUCAGCCCGGACGGCCGUUACCUCCGGGGCAAGAGGGGCUGGAGCCCCCCAGGGCGCCGGCGGCGAUUGGAGCUCGGAGGGGCGGGGCACGACAAGCCUCCUGAUUGGGCAGCGGGGCGCUUCCGGUCUCUCGCGAGAGUUUGUGGGAGCGCGCCAAAUUUCUACGGGGAGGCGGCGGCGGCGGCGGCAGCAGCAGCAGCGUUGCGAGCGCAGCGCUAUGGUUCUGAGGAACAGCGGGCGGCGGCUUCCGGAGCCGGGCGCAGACGGCGAGGCCAGCCGGGACGAUGGCCCCUCCUCCUCUGUCUCGGCACUCAAGCGCCUGGAGCGCAGUCAGUGGACAGACAAGAUGGAUCUGCGGUUUGGUUUUGAGAGACUCAAGGAGCCUGGUGAGAAGACAGGCUGGCUUAUCAACAUGCACCCUACUGAGAUUUUAGAUGAAGAUAAACGCUUAGUUAGCGCAGUGGAUUACUACUUUAUUCAAGAUGAUGGGAGCAGAUUUAAGGUAGCCUUGCCCUACAAGCCAUAUUUCUACAUUGCAACCAGAAAGGGUUGUGAGCGAGAAGUUUCGUCUUUUCUCUCUAAGAAGUUUCAGGGUAAAAUUGCUAAAGUAGAGACUGUCCCUAAGGAGGAUCUGGACUUGCCAAAUCACUUGGUUGGUUUGAAGAGAAAUUACAUUAAGCUGUCCUUCAACACCGUGGAGGACCUCGUCAAAGUGAGGAAGGAGAUCUCCCCUGCUGUGAAGAAGAACCGGGAGCAGGGCCAUGCCAGUGAUGCCUAUACGGCCAUGCUCUCCAGUGUUCUGCAAGGGGGCAGUGUGAUUAUCGAUGAAGAGGAAACCUCUAAGAAGAUGGCCGACCAGUUGGACAACAUUGUGGACAUGCGAGAGUAUGACGUGCCCUACCACAUCCGCCUCUCCAUUGACCUGAAGAUCCAUGUGGCUCACUGGUACAAUGUCCGGUAUCGAGGAAGUGCCUUUCCAGUGGAAAUUGCCCGCCGUGAUGACCUCGUUGAGCGACCGGACCCUGUGGUUUUAGCAUUUGACAUUGAGACGACCAAACUGCCCCUCAAGUUUCCUGAUGCUGAGACCGACCAGAUUAUGAUGAUUUCCUAUAUGAUUGAUGGUCAGGGCUACCUCAUCACCAACAGGGAGAUCGUCUCAGAAGAUAUAGAAGAUUUCGAGUUCACCCCCAAGCCAGAAUAUGAAGGGCCCUUCUGUGUCUUCAAUGAGCCCGAUGAGGUUCAUCUAAUCCAGAGAUGGUUUGAACACAUCCAGGAGACCAAACCCACCAUCAUGGUUACCUAUAAUGGGGACUUUUUUGACUGGCCAUUUGUGGAGGCCAGAGCAAUGGUCCAUGGGCUGAGCAUGUACCAGGAGAUAGGGUUCCAGAAGGACAGCCAGGGGGAGUACAAAGCGCCCCAGUGCAUCCACAUGGACUGCCUCAGGUGGGUGAAGAGGGACAGUUACCUUCCCGUGGGCAGCCACAACCUCAAGGCGGCUGCCAAAGCCAAGCUGGGCUAUGACCCCGUGGAGCUGGACCCUGAGGACAUGUGCCGGAUGGCCACUGAGCAGCCCCAGACUCUGGCCACCUACUCGGUGUCGGACGCAGUGGCCACGUACUACCUGUACAUGAAGUACGUCCACCCCUUUAUAUUCGCCCUGUGCACCAUUAUCCCCAUGGAGCCCGACGAGGUGCUGCGGAAGGGCUCCGGGACGCUGUGUGAGGCCUUGCUGAUGGUGCAGGCCUUCCACGCCAACAUCGUCUUCCCCAACAAGCAGGAGCAGGAGUUCAACAAGCUGACGGAUGACGGCCACGUGCUGGAUGCUGAGACCUACGUGGGUGGCCACGUGGAAGCCCUCGAGUCGGGCGUGUUCCGCAGUGACAUCCCCUGCCGGUUCCGGAUGAAUCCUGCUGCCUUUGACUUCCUGCUGCAGCGGGUGGAGAAGACCAUGCGUCAUGCCAUCGAGGAAGAGGAGAAGGUGCCCAUGGAGCAGGUCACCAACUUCCAAGAGGUGUGUGAUCAGAUUAAGACCAAGCUCACCUCCCUGAAAGAUGUUCCUAACCGAAUUGAGUGUCCCCUCAUCUACCACCUGGACGUGGGGGCCAUGUACCCCAACAUCAUCUUGACGAACCGCCUGCAGGUGAGACAAAUUCUCACAUCAGAAUCAAGUUCUUUCUGCCUGGACCCUAAUUGCUCUCUUCCUCUCCCCUCACAGCCCUCUGCCAUGGUGGACGAGGCCACCUGCGCUGCCUGUGACUUCAACAAGCCUGGAGCAAACUGCCAGAGGAAGAUGGCCUGGCAGUGGAGGGGCGAGUUCAUGCCAGCCAGUCGCAGCGAGUAUCAUCGUAUCCAGCACCAGCUGGAGUCAGAGAAGUUCCCUGCUUUGACCCCAGAGGGCCCAGCCCGGGCCUUUCACGAGCUGUCCCGCGAGGAGCAGGCUAAAUACGAGAAGCGGAGGCUGGCAGAUUACUGCCGCAAGGCGUACAAGAAAAUCCAUGUGACCAAGGUGGAAGAGCGUCUCACCACCAUCUGCCAGCGGGAGAACUCUUUCUAUGUGGACACAGUGCGCGCCUUUCGGGACAGGCGCUACGAGUUCAAAGGUCUCCACAAGGUGUGGAAGAAGAAGCUCUCAGCGGCUGUGGAGGCGGGCGAUGCAGCAGACGUGAAGCGCUGCAGGAACAUGGAGGUCCUGUACGACUCCCUGCAGCUGGCGCACAAGUGCAUCCUCAACUCCUUCUAUGGCUACGUCAUGCGCAAGGGGGCCCGCUGGUACUCCAUGGAGAUGGCUGGCAUCGUCUGUUUUACGGGGGCCAAUAUCAUCACCCAGGCGCGGGAGCUGAUUGAGCAGAUCGGGAGGCCCUUAGAGUUGGACACAGAUGGUAUAUGGUGUGUCCUGCCCAACAGCUUCCCUGAAAACUUUGUCGUCAAGACAACCAGUGUGAAAAAGCCCAAGGCGACCAUCUCCUACCCUGGGGCUAUGUUAAACAUCAUGGUCAAGGAAGGCUUUACCAAUGAUCAGUACCAGGAGCUGGCUGAGCCUUCCUCACUCACCUAUGUCACCCGCUCGGAGAACAGCAUCUUUUUUGAGGUCGACGGACCCUACCUUGCCAUGAUCCUUCCAGCUUCCAAGGAAGAAGGCAAGAAACUGAAGAAGAGGUACGCCGUAUUCAACGAGGAUGGGUCCCUGGCUGAGCUCAAGGGCUUCGAGGUCAAACGCCGUGGGGAGCUGCAGCUGAUUAAAAUCUUCCAGUCCUCAGUGUUUGAGGCCUUCCUUAAGGGCAGCACCCUAGAAGAAGUGUAUGGCUCUGUUGCCAAGGUGGCUGAUUACUGGCUGGACGUGCUGUACAGCAAGGCAGCUAACAUGCCUGAUUCUGAGCUAUUUGAGCUGAUCUCUGAGAACCGUUCAAUGUCUCGGAAACUGGAAGAUUAUGGGGAGCAGAAGUCGACGUCCAUUAGCACGGCCAAGCGCCUGGCUGAGUUCCUGGGAGAUCAGAUGGUGAAGGACGCAGGGCUGAGUUGCCGCUACAUCAUCUCCCGGAAGCCUGAGGGGUCUCCAGUCACAGAGAGGGCCAUUCCACUCGCCAUUUUCCAGGCAGAGCCCACAGUGAGGAAGCACUUUCUCCGGAAAUGGCUUAAGAGCUCUUCCCUUCAAGACUUUGAUAUUCGCACGAUUCUGGAUUGGGACUACUACAUCGAGCGGCUGGGAAGUGCCAUACAGAAGAUCAUCACCAUCCCUGCGGCGCUGCAGCAGGUGAAGAACCCAGUACCACGUGUCAAACACCCUGACUGGCUGCACAAAAAACUUCUGGAGAAGAAUGACAUCUACAAGCAGAAGAAAAUCAGUGAGCUUUUCAUCCUGGAGGGCAAGAGACAGGUGGGCGUGGCCCAGGCUUCAGAAGGUGCCCAGAGCCAUGGCACCCCUGACAUGGAGGACUUCGGCCUCCCAAAGCCACUCCGUCCAGCAGUGCCUGUUGCUACCAAGAGGAAGCGUAUCCUCUGGGAGAGCCAGGAGGAGUCGCAGGGCCUGGAGCUGACAGUGCCCUGGCAGGAGAUCUUGGGGCAGCCUCCGGCGCUCGGAACCACCCAGGAAGAGUGGCUGGUCUGGCUCCGGUUCCACAAGAAGAAGUGGCAGCUUCAGGCUCGACAGCGCCUUGCUCAGAAGAAGAGGCGUCGUCUGGACGGGGCAGAGGGCACGCUGAGGCCUGGGGCCAUCCGAGAGGGGCCCUCCGCAGGGCUGGGGGGCUUCUUCCAAAGAACUGCUCGCAGCAUUCUUGACCUCCCGUGGCAGAUUGUGCAGAUCAGCGAGACCAGCCAGGCUGGCUUGUUCAGGCUGUGGGCUGUCAUCAGCAGUGACCUGUAUUGCAUCAAGCUGAACAUCCCCCGGGUGUUCUACGUGAACCAGCGGGUGGCCAAAGCAGAGGAAGGCCCUUCCUAUCGGAAGGUGAAUCGAGUCCUUCCUCGCUCCAAUGCAGUCUACAAUCUCUAUGAGUAUUCUGUGCCAGAGGACAUGUACCAGGAACACAUCAACGAGAUCAACACUGAGCUGGCGGCUCCAGACAUCGAGGGCGUAUACGAGACUCAGGUUCCAUUAUUGUUUCGGGCCCUGGUGCACCUGGGCUGUGUGUGUGUCGUCAAUAAACAGCUGGUGAGGCAUCUUUCAGGCUGGGAGGCAGAAACCUUCGCCCUUGAGCACCUGGAGAUGCGCUCUCUGGCACAGUUCAGCUACCUGGAACCAGGGAGCAUCCGCCACAUCUACCUGUACCACCAUGCACAGGGCCACAAAGCUCUCUUCGGCGUCUUCAUGCCCUCACAGCGCAAGGCAUCUGUGUUUGUGUUGGAUACCGUGCGAAGCAACCAGAUGCCCAGCCUCAGCGCCCUGUACUCAGCCGAGCACAGCCUCCUGUUGGAGAAAGUGGGCCCUGAGCUCCUGCCCCCUCCAAAGCACACUUUUGAAGUUCGGGCUGAAACAGACUUGAAGGUCAUCUGCAGAGCCAUCCAGCGCUUCCUGCUGGCCUACAAAGAGGAGCGCCGUGGGCCCACACUCAUCGCUGUGCAGUCCAACUGGGAGCUGAAGAGGCUGGCUGGCGAAGUUCCCGUCCUGGAGGAAUUCCCGCUGGUGCCCGUCCGUGUGGCUGAUAAGAUCAGCUACGGGGUCCUGGACUGGCAGCGCCACGGAGCCCGCCGCAUGAUCCGGCACUACCUCAACCUGGACACGUGUCUGUCCCAGGCCUUCGAGAUGAGCAGGUACUUCCAUGUCCCCAUUGGGAAUCUACCUGAGGACAUCUCUACCUUUGGCUCCGACCUCUUCUUUGCCCGCCACCUCCAGCGCCACAAUCACUUGCUCUGGCUGUCUCCCACGUCACGCCCUGAUCUGGGUGGGAAGGAGGCUGACGACAACCGGCUCAUCAUGGAGUUUGAUGGCCAAGCCCCAGUGGAGAUCAACAGCUCAGGCUGUUACUCCACAGUGUGCGUGGAGCUGGACAUUCAGAACCUGGCCGUCAACACCAUCCUGCAGUCUCACCACGUCAAUGACAUGGAGGGGGCCGACAGCAUGGGCAUCAGCUUCGACGUGAUCCAGCAGGCCUCCCUGGAGGACAUGAUCACGGGCAACCAGGCCACCAGCGCCCCCGCCAGCUACGACGAGACAGCCCUCUGCUCCAGCACCUUCAGGAUCCUGAAGAGCAUGGUGGUGGGCUGGGUGAAGGAGAUCACGCAGUACCGCAACAUUUACGCCGACAACCAGGUGAUGCACUUCUACCGCUGGCUGCGGUCCCCGGCCUCUCUGCUCCACGACCCCGCCCUGCACCGCACACUGCACAGCAUGAUGAAGAAGCUCUUCCUGCAGCUCAUCGCUGAGUUCAAGCGCCUGGGGUCGUCGGUCGUCUAUGCCAACUUCAACCGCAUAAUCCUGUGCACCAAGAAGCGGCGAGUGGAGGACGCCCUUGCCUACGUGGAGUACAUCACCAGCAGCAUCCAUUCUAAAGAGAUCUUCCAUUCUUUGACAAUCUCUUUCUCUCGAUGCUGGGAAUUUCUUCUCUGGAUGGACCCCUCUAACUAUGGUGGCAUCAAAGGAGAGGUUCCAUCUCGUGUUCACUGUGGGCAGCAAGACUCCCCAGAAGAGGGCAGAGCAAAGGGGGAGGAACCUGAGGAGGAGGAGGAGGAGGAAGAAGAGGAGGAAGAGGGAGGCGCACAGGAGCUGGAUGUCGAGGACUUGCUGGAAAACAACUGGAACAUCCUGCAGUUCCUGCCGCAGGCAGCCUCCUGCCAGAGCUACUUCCUCAUGAUCGUUUCAGCGUACAUCGUGGCCGUGUACCACAGCAUGAAGGAAGAGCUGAGACGCAGCAUCCCGGGCAGCACCCCCGUGAGGAGGAGGGGGCCCAGCCAGCUCUCCCAGGAGGCCCAAGGGGAGGCCGGAGCUCUUCCUGGAAUGAUCACCUUCUCACAAGAUUACGUGGCAAAUGAACUCACUCAGAACUUCUUCACCAUCACGCAGAAGAUUCAGAAGAAAGUCACGGGCUCUCGGAACUCGACUGAGCUCUCAGAAAUGUUUCCUGUCCUCCCCGGUUCUCACCUACUGCUCAAUAACCCCGCUUUGGAGUUCAUCAAAUAUGUGUGCAAGGUCCUGUCGCUGGACACGAACAUCACAAACCAGGUGAACAAGCUAAACCGAGACCUGCUUCGCCUGGUAGAUGUGGGCGAGUUCUCGGAGGAAGCCCAGUUCCGAGACCCCUGUCGCUCCUACGUGCUCCCUGAGGUCAUCUGCCGCAGCUGUAACUUCUGCCGGGACCUGGACCUGUGCAAAGACCCCUCCUUCUCUCAGGAUGGGGCCGUGCUGCCUCAGUGGCACUGCUCCAACUGUCAGGUAGCCUACGACUCGUCAGUGAUUGAGAUGGCACUGGUGGAAUCCCUGCAGAAGAAACUUAUGGCCUUCACCCUGCAGGACCUGGUCUGCCUGAAGUGCCAGGGUGUGAAGCAGACCAACAUGGCCGUGUACUGUAGCUGUGCCGGGGGCUUCUCCCUCACCAUCCACACCAAGGUCUUCAUGGAGCAGGUUGGAAUCUUCUGGAACAUCGCCCAGCACUAUGGCAUGUCGUACCUCACGGAGACCCUGGAGUGGCUGCUGCAGCAGAACCCCCAGCUGGGCCGUUAGCAACCUGGGCAGUGUCCCCAUCCUCUGCUCUGACUGCCCACAGCCAAGAUGGGACCCAGGAAGACAGCCUGCAGGGAGCUCUCGGGGGCAGGUCAUGCAGCCCAGGGAAACUGUGAACCCUCUGGAGCAAGAAGGGGCUCCAGCUCCAGGUGCCGGGGCCCAGCCUCGGUCAGGGCAGCCCUCUCCAGGCCCAGGAGGCGUCUCCAGCGAGGCACCCCAGGGCUGGUUUCUCGCUGGAUGAACACCCGUCUGCCGCUGCUGCUCUGCCCUCCCUGUGGCCCCAGCCUUCCUGCCCUCUCUUCUGCCACCCUGAGGGGCCCUCGGAGGUCUAUUUGAGCCGAGACCCCGAGGGUGGCUGGAAGCCAGACCCAGGGCGAGGGUCACCUGAGUGGGAGUCUGCAGCCCCAACUCUGCGGUCCCUUGCUUCUGGGAGAGACGCCGUCCUACCCUCCAUGCCAGCAGCGUGCGGGCUGCGUCCAGGGGACCUGAGCGUCUCCCAUGCACUGAGUUCUGGGGCUUGGGCUCCUCUGUCUGUGGAGGCUCCCGGUCAGGGCAGGGUUUGCCCGAGUGUCCGGAUCAGGUGCAUUCACCUCGUUGGCAGCAGCGGGAUGCGGGGUGGGGGCGGUCUCAGAGCGGGGCUCAGCCACAGCGGGGCACAGCACCCCUCCUUCUGAACCUGCCUGUGCUGGGUGGGGGCCACAACAGCCGGGUGCCCAGGGACCCCGGAGGGACGAGGGGCACCAUUAUUUCAGACUUUGACAUCAUAUGUUAGCACCUGGAUUCUAGAAAAAUACUUCUUCACAUGCAAGACUAGGUUCUUUCCUUCAGCUCUGAGGGGUGGGGGGAAGAGGAUGGAGAAAAGAGCAACAGCAGUUUUAUGGGGAUUGAGGCAGGUCUGUUCUUGCUUCUCAGCCUCAGGGAUCAGUCUGACCCCAAGGGCCUGCCCAACCUCUUACUGCUGAGGCAGAGUGGGUCCUCAGGCUGGGCCUCCUUUAAAAUGUGACAUGCAGCCACCAGCUUGUUCAGGGCCCUGUUGCUGCACAGAGAUGUGGGCUGUGCUGUUUUCCCCUCCCAGGUGGGGCUGAGAGAGGAGAACGAGCCAGGUGGGGGAGUCUGCCUGACAGCAGCCCCAGAACAUAACACCAGCUCCAUGCACUGCAUUUUUAACUAAAUGCAACUUGGAAGCACAAGAAAACCAGCCAGACUGUCAAGGCAGCAAACAUUAAAUGUGAAUCAUAAACUCAGAAACCCCAAAUGGAUGGACAGUGGGGCCCCACUGUUGGCUCUGGAGCCUGGUUUAAAUUCGUUCUUGUUAUCUAAUUUUACACUUUGGAUUUUCAUUUUAAUUUCACACUUUGACAUUUCCAGCAAUUUUUACUGUAUGUUUGUGCACUGCACCUGGGCCUCUGGAAGGAAGGAAAGAAGACUAAGUAACUGACGUCUGUCUGUCUGGGUUUGUUGGCCCACUGGGCGCGUCCUGGCCCAGUGACUGUAAGAAACCUGAGUCUGCUUGGAAGGUGAUGGAGCCCGUCAGCCCCCAGAUGGAGAUCAAAUCAAAUUAGGGCCGGAUGGGGGAGGAGGAGGGCUAACCAGGCUUCCUGGAAGCGGAGCCAGAGAAGUCCCAGGGGAGCAGAGGAGUGAGGAGGUGGGGCUGCAGGCCUCACCCCACAUUGUGCUCCCUGUGCCAGGGCAGGGGCUCCACGGCUCCCAGCAGCUCCUUUGGAGGCCACCUUAGGGGCUAGGGGCAUUUGGCUAGGGGCAUUAGGGGCUAGGACCCGUGGAGGGUCCCAGGGUCACUCUCAUGCUUGGGGAUGGGAAACCUGACCUGGUCCUGGUUCUUGAGCUGCAUCCAGGCCCCAACUGGAAAAGCUGGUUUUUCUGAAACUAGAGUCUGGAUGUCUGAGCCAGACAUUUAGGAUGUUACAGGCACUCCAGUGACCCAGGGAGCUGACGUCCCAAGCAUAGGAAACUCUGCAAGGUGGCUGGGUGGGGGCUUUUCAAGGGUUUGCUGGCUCCAGUGAGGGGUGCUGGCAGGUGGGAAGGCCACUUCUGACCUUGGGAGUGAUGGCAUCAUGGGUGAAAUGAUCUGUAGGAGGCACUAUGCCUCCUCAGACCUGUGUGCCCGUCAUCACUGUUGCUGAGGAAACCACCAUCCAGCCAGGUCCUGGUGUCCUCAGAGCAGGGCCUAGCCAGGCAGAGCUGCUAAAUAGAAUGACCAUUGUAGCAUCCAAAGAUGUAACCAGAUUACCCGCAGGCCUGAUCUGACUAGUGCUGGCUCCCCACGUGCUUCCAACCUUGCCCUGCCCUGCCCUGUCCACCUCUAUUCCCUAGCCCCAAAUUCCUUCCCCCAACCCCCAUUUUAAAUGGAGCCUCAGCGCCUGGGCAGGUGUUUUGGUGUCUACCUAAGCUUUCAUUUUCCUUGGGUACAACUCAUCACCUCCUUCCUGGCUUCCUUCUCAGGAGGCACCACCCUUUUCAUAUUUUGAGGUGUGGAGUCUGGGAUGAGCCCUUUGGGAACCUGGUAAAUGCACUGACUUAAGGACAGGUGCUGGGAUGAGUUUGGAGUCCUUGUGCGCGCUUAGCCCAUGUGUCCCCCACGUGCA